AUGCGAGGUGCUCUAGGAUGGAAGGCUCGCGCGAUCCUACGCGUCUCUCGUUUACAGCACCGCACCUUUGCUUCCGCGGCGGAACCUUCACCGAUCAAAGUCCAACAUCAGCCAGCACCUCACUCGGGGAAUAUUCGCAUCCUCUUACUCGACAGACCCGAAGCUCGAAAUGCUCUCUCCCGCCGACUGGUCGCCGACUUGAGACAUCAUGUGGAUGAAAUCCAGGCCGAAGGUGGGAAAGGUCCUACAAGAGCAUUGAUUCUGGCCUCAAAUACAGACAAGGCAUUUUGCGCUGGGGCAGAUUUGAGGGAGAGAAAGGGAAUGACCCCAGAAGAGUUCGUGAUGCGGCAUCUAUUCUAUUUGAUCGUCGCUUAUGAGUCGCACAGGACCCGAGACUUCCUGACUGGCAUGAGAAAUACCUUUAGUGAUUUAUCAAACCUACCGAUCCCGACCAUCUCAGCCAUUUCGUCAGUUGCGCUGGGAGGAGGGUUGGAAAUAGCUCUUUGCACGACGUUACGGGUAUUCGGAUCGUCGGCGAUCGUCGGCCAGCCGGAGACAAAAUUGGCCAUUAUUCCUGGGGCCGGAGGCACAUAUAGAUUGCCUGCCCUGAUCGGUGUCAAUAGAGCACGAGAUCUCAUCCUCACAGGACGACGAGUUGGUGGAGCUGAAGCAUACUUCCUGGGUUUGUGCAACAGAUUGGUGGAGAUCACACCAGAGGAGUCAAAAGAGGAAGGAAAAGCCCGGCUAAAGGUUCUUGAUGCCAGUAUCCAGCUUGCGCAUGAUAUUGGUGAAGGUGGUCCCAUUGCGCUGACCCAGGCGAUGCGAGCAAUUAAUGGAUGGCAACGAGGUGAGGUUGCAGAAAAUGAGGCUUACGAAGUCAUCUUGAACACCGAAGACCGAGAGGAAGCUUUGAAGGCAUUUGCAGAUAAAAGGAAGCCAUCCUUCAAAGGCAGAUAG